UGAAUAAAACAGGCAGUGACGCAUUAAAAGUAUUUUAGUGCUUCUAUUAGCCAUCUCACCGUUUCCCUACAAUCCUGGAAUCAACUCUUCGAAGGCGGGAUUUUUAAGUACUUAUUUUUGUCAACAAAUAAUAAGGGCAUAUGUAAAUGUUGUGAAUUUAUUAUAAACAAUUAAAUAACUAAUAAACGGUGAUUGGCACUGCCUACGAAUACUCAUAAAUAACAAGUAACCGGAUUGCGUACAGUAUCAUUAACAUUUUUCAUUGCAUCACUUUCACACGCUUUUGCUGACGCUGUUAAAGAAUUUAUGAGAUAUUUUGCUUAUAAUAAAGUGGACUUAGGAUAACGUGAUAAGAAAACAAAAUAAUUAAAUAAAAUGUGCGACGAAGUGGAAGAAAUAGACGAGUUUAUCGAGUUUGAGUUGACUAAGGAUUGCGACUCUGUAGAAGAGGAAACCUUUAUAUAUGAAGAGGAAGACGGGGUGGAGGUGGAACAGCUGGAAGAUGUAUCAAUCAAGCCGGAAUCAAUUAUAAUGGAGGUAAUCGACGAGGACGACACUGAGCAGGGAUACGAGAUAGCCGAUAGUCUAGUCGAGGUUGUAUCAGAUAUAUUGCCAACUAAUGUCGAAUGUAUUAAAGAAGAAAUUGUGCCGAAAACAGAAAUAGAACAUUCACCCACUAACUCACAUAAAGGCCCAAAACGUUACCUGCUCUUUGACGAACUUGUUGCCAACAUUGUCGACUAUGAUGUUGAUGAUACCCCUAUUGUUGAAUUCUCCUUGUCGAAUACUGAAACCGAUGAAAAGUUACCUGUCGAAUGUGGUAUAUGCCCUGAUGUGAUGCAUAAAUCAAAGCUUUCUGCCCACCUUAAAACACAUUUGGUUCCCGGUACGAACCGAUAUGCUUGUAUUUAUUGCGACAAAUCAUACAAGGAUCACAGUUACUUGGCAGGUCACUCUCGGCGGCACAUGGGAAUUCGGCCGUAUGUUUGCGAACCAUGUAAAUUAUAUUUCUCCACAAAACAAGAUCUACGGGUACACAAUCAACGACGACAUCAGGAAAAAGAACAUAUAUGUGAAAUUUGUGGAAAAACGUUUUCACAAAAUACAAUGUUAAAGCGGCAUCGUGAGUCUACGCAUGAAAAAAUGAGACGCUUUCAAUGUGAGCAUUGUCCCAAAGCGUACUACAAGAAUUUCUCACUACAGGAACAUGUACGCAAUGUACAUAUGGGUAAUAGACGUAUGCUCGUUUGUCCUUUUUGUGGCAUGCAGUGUCGAGAUGCGCAUAAAAUGGCGCGACAUCGUAAGCUAUUGCAUCUUAAUCAAAGCCAUUUUCAUUGUGAUAUUUGCCAAGAGGAAUUCACGGAUAUAAGUUAUUUCGAUGCACAUAAACGUUCGAUACAGUGUCGCAAUAACACGCAAAGAAAAUUGGAAGAAGAGCAAUUGCUGCAACAACACGAAGAGGAGGAAGAAUUAUUACUACAACCACAACCCGAAAAUGAGGAUCAACCUGAAGAAGUAGAAGAUCAAAAGCAAUACCAUUUUGUAACACACCAAACGGAUCAAAUUCAAUUGCAACCACAUGCAGAUGAUCUAUGUUUUGAAAUUACGGUAAUGAAUAGUGACAAUUAGAAAAAACAAACCAGCGAUGUAUUACAUACAUAUUUAACACAAUAAGAGCCUUCAACACUUUCCAUAACUUGAGUAUGCUAUAAUAAAUUUAUACGAAAGUAAAAUGAGUUUGAAGAAA